CUCUUCCCACAAAAAGCCGGGCAAAAGCGUAGCACAACACUACAAAACGCUACAGGGAACGAAGCGCUCCUCCUAUUUGUACUUCUUCGCUCUCCUCCGCGCAAACCCUUCUCUUCCCCCAUUUCUCCCCAUCUUGUCUCCUUCGUCCGAAACCCUCGGGAGCGGAAGCUUCUCCUCAAAAAACCCUAGAAAAACCCUAAUUCAAUCCUUCCUCCGAUCGAAGAGCCCCAAGCCUGUGUACCAUCUCCCCGUGCCAUGGGGGGAGCCGACCACGGGAGGACGCGACGUAACCAGACUCCUCGAUUCUCGAGCUCCGAGGUGAUGCGUCUUUAGAUUAAGCAGAUGGAGAAGUUACUUCUGGAGAAAAAAGACGAAUUAUUAGAUGAAAGUUUCUGUCAGCAGCUUACCGAGAAAUUUAAUCUUGCUUCAGGUAGAUGUACAAGUAGAGCUAUACAAAUGAAACAGGUUCAAGAAUGGUUCAAGAAUAAACUGCGUAUCCAGGUCCUUGAUGUCCCUUCUUCACCUAGUUCUUCAGAAGAAAGGACUGCAGUAUCAGAAGCAAGUCUCUCUAAUAAUGCUCUUCCAAAUACUUCGGACAUGCCCAAAGGUAGAAGUGGGAAGAGUGCUGAAGGUAGAGAGUUGGAAUUUGAGGCAAGAUCAUCAAGAGAUGGCGCAUGGUAUGAUGUUGCUACAUUCCUGGCGCAUAGAGUUCUUAGUUCUGGAGAACUUGAAGUCAAAGUGAGAUUUCAAGGGUUUGGAGCUGAUGACGAUGAAUGGGUGAAUGUCAAGGAGGCUGUUCGUGAACGCUCCAUUCCUCUGGAAUCUUCUGAAUGUACAAAGGUUGCUGUCGGAGAUCUUGUCCUCUGCUUCCGGGAGAGGAAUGAAGAAGCAACCUACUUCGAUGCACAUGUCAUUGAAAUCGAAAGGAAACUGCAUGAUAUUAGGGGCUGUAGAUGCGUCUUCCUGAUCAAAUAUGAUCAUGAUAAAAUUGAGGAGAAGGUUCAGUUAAGAAGAUUGUGCCGCAGGCCAACAUACUGAGUUUCUUAGGAACAGAAUUUGUGUGCUCAUCUUUGACAUGUUGAUUGUUGGAACUCAGAUUGAUGCUUAAUAUUUAUCGCGAAAUCAGUUCCUACUGAUGUGCUUUCGCAAAGUAACCUCUAUGGAUUGAUUAGCCUUAAUGGAUUGGUUAAUGUUGGUAGCAUAUAAUAAUUAUAUAACAAGGGAGUUUCAGUAAAUCUCGGAAACUCAGAACAUUUCCUUAUUUUGCUUUGA